AUGGGAGUGAUAGAUGCAUCUGCCAAGUUUUCUGGCGAAAAACGUCUGAGGUCAGUAAAAACAAUAUUGAAAACUGUGUUCCAUGCAAAAAUUACACUGUUGCACAAAGGAAGGAAAUUCUUAUUUCACAAGAGUCUCCAGAACUGUCUUGGCAGUAAGAACAGCAAAACUCUAAAUCAAAAUAGUGAAGAAAGGAAAAGGAGAAUUGGAAAUGGCCUUUCUGGAAUGGAGGAAUAUUCCUCUCCAACAUUUGAAUGUAAGCCCUUCAAAGCUGCUGAUUGGGUCAUCUCUGUCGAGAGUGGAAGAAGAUAUCUCGUAAAAAGUGGAAGGAAGACUACAGAAGAAAUAGGAAAUUCAUAA